CGGAGUGGCGAGGGUCCGCCGCGCCGCGUCAUGGCGCCCUCGGUCCGGCCCGGCAGGGGCCGCCUGCCGCGGGGGGACGAGCGCUGCGCCGAGGCCAGGCCUGACAGGAGGGCGAGAAAGCCGCUGGUGGAGAAGAAGCGCCGGGCGCGGAUCAACGAGAGCCUGCAGGAGCUGCGGCUGCUGCUGGCCGACAGCGAGUUUCAGGCCAAGCUGGAGAACGCGGAGGUGCUGGAGCUGACGGUGCAGCGGGUGCAGAGCGUGCUGGAGCGCCGCUCCCUCGAGGGAGGGCGGCUGCACCGCGAGGCCAGCGAGCGCUUCGCCGCCGGCUACAUCCAGUGCAUGCACGAGGUGCACACCUUCGUCUCCAGCUGCCCUGGCAUCGACGCCACCACGGCCGCCGAGCUGCUGAACCACCUGCUGGAGUCCAUGCCCCUCAACGAGGGUGGCGUCCCGGACUUGCUCGCGGAUGCUUUGGCAGAUGCAGCCCUUGGCCCCGGGCCUGGGGACGAGGCACUGGCCCCGACAGCUGAGGCGUCCCUGGGCCUGGCCCUCCUGGCCUCAGUGCCCUCACCCUCUCCCCCCAGCGAAGAAGAGACCUGUUCUGACUCGGACGAGACAGAGGCCGAGCUGGGCCAGACUGCCCCUGUGGGACUGGAUGUUUCCCGGACACGCAGCCAGCCUGCAGCUGGCUUACCCAAAUCCAUGUGGAGACCUUGGUAACAGAGGAACACACAGGAGCCAACGCAGACCUACCUUUCUGGGAGAGCAGCCAUGCCCCUGUGGCCCAGGGAGCAGCCCAGGGGAGCACCAGUGUGUGAGAGGGGGUAACGCUGCAGUUUGGGGCUGCAGCGGUGGCGCUCUCCGUCAGGCCCUGACAGGGUAAUAGCCAAGCGCAUUAACAUUUCAUUGUGUGGGGGUGUGUGGCAUUUUGUAACUUUAAGGGUUGUUUUUAUAAGAC